GUCAGAUGCGGAAGUUCAGAGGUCGUGCAAAAUCACGGAUGUCACUGUAAACAUCGAGUUUACAUCGCGUUUUCUGUUUGCGCUGGAUCUGAGCGCGUGUAGCAGCCUAACUGUGGAUGUUGUGUUUGACUGAAGGUGAUUGAAUGUCGUCGCGGCUGAUAUUUACGAGCACAGUUAUUCCUCCUGCACACGUAAAGCGCUGAAUGAUCCGAUGAUGAUGGUGUCCGUCAGAGGCCUGUAUUUCCUCAUCACUCUGUUCCUGGGCAGUUUCUUCGGCAGCAUCUUCAUGUUGGGUCCCGUUCUGCCGCUCAUGCUGCUCUCGCCGGCCUGGUACCGCUGGAUCACGGACCGCAUUGUGGCCACAUGGCUCACCCUACCGGUGGCGCUGCUGGAGCUGGUGUUCGGGGUGAAGGUGGUCAUAACGGGCGACGGCUUCAUUCCCGGCGAGCGCAGCGUCAUCAUCAUGAACCACCGCACGCGUCUGGACUGGAUGUUCCUGUGGUGCUGCCUGCUGCGCUACAGCUACCUGCGUCUGGAGAAGAUCUGCCUGAAAGCGGCAUUGAAGGCCGUGCCCGGGUUCGGCUGGGCCAUGCAGGUGGCCUCCUUCAUCUUCAUCCAUCGCCGCUGGGAGGAAGACCGCAGUCACAUGUCCAACAUGCUGCACUAUUUCUGCCACAUCAAGGAGCCGUUGCAGCUGCUGCUCUUCCCCGAAGGCACCGACCUCACCGAAAACACUCGCGCCAGGAGCGACGAGUUUGCUGAGAAAAACGGCCUUCCAAAGUACGAGUACGUUCUUCAUCCACGCACCACCGGUUUCACCUUCAUCGUUGACACGCUGCGGAAAGGAGAUAACCUGGAUGCUGUCCAUGAUAUUACCGUGGCGUAUCCGCAGAACAUCCCCCAGACGGAGCGACACCUGGUUCUGGGUCUGUUUCCCCGUGAGAUCCACUUCCACGUCCGGCGCUACACGGCGGCGGCUCUGCCCAGAUGUUCGGAGGAGCUGCAGCUGUGGUGUCAAGAGCGCUGGCAGGAGAAAGAGCUGCGGCUGCGAGAGUUUUACCAGGCAGUGCCGCGCCGCUUUGAUGAACCCGAGGCUCGCGUGCCGCCCUGUAAGAGCGAGCUGAGGGUGUCUCUGAUCAAAGCCGCGUCACUGCUGUACUGGACCGCCUUCAUUACCGCCUCCUUUGUCGGCCUGUGGCUCUGGGUUCCCAUUCGCCUCUACUUCGUGUUGAUGGUGAUCUUCUUCCUGGGUCAGCAGAGGGUGACGGGCGGCGUGGAGCUGAUGGAGUUGGCGUGUCAUCGCCACUGGAGUUCAAAGGACGGAGAGCGCAGUGGAAUGGAGGCGAAGGAGGAAUGAGAGGAGAUGCUGGUUUGGUGUGUUUGUGUAUUCAAAGCGGCCAUGGCGCCUCCUGCUGGCUGAGAGGAUGAAGCGCAGCCUCCUGCAGUAACGACACGCCACACUACAGUGGCGCAAAGAGGGAUUCGACGUCAUUCUGUGACAUUAUAAACACAUCAUGGGAGCGCUGACUCAACAUUUAUCACUGUGCGAAUGAAUGUCGUACCUACGGAAGCUUGUUCUGCCAUGGAAUAUAAAAAAGGUAAUUGCAACUUUUUAUCUCACAAUUCGGACACUCUAUAUUUGAGAUAUAAAGCUCAGAAUUGUGAGAUAUAAACUUGCAAUUGCGAGGAAAAAAGUCAAAAUUUACCUUUAUUCCGUGGCGAAAGCAAAAUAACAUAUUUGUGAAACAAUGUCAAAAUUGCAAAAUGUAAAUACAGAAUUGUGAGUUUAACUCA